AUUAUACAUACAUCGUUGAUUCCAGUUUGACAGCUUGCCCAGAGCAGACGUGUGUCCUUUGAGCGCGUUUUUGACGGUGUUUUUUUUUUAACUUGCGCCGACGGCCAUGGCGGCGGCCGCGACGGCGGAGAGUGAGUGGACGGAGCAUAGAACCGAGGAUGGAAGGCCGUUCUACUGGAACGCGGCCAUGAAGAAAAGUGUGUGGGAGAAACCGGACGGGUUCCAACCCAAAACGCAGGCGGCGACGGGCAUGGAGGUGGAAGUCUCCGAAGGAGGAGGAGAGGACGGGGGCGAAUUUCGUCCCGUAAUCAAGGUACAAUAUUAAUCAUCUUUUGGACCG